CAUCCAAAUGCAGCAUCCGCAGAAACCUGCCGCCGGACACCCUGAAAGCAACAAGCUUGACUGGACCAAAGGCUGCUGCAGUGCCGUACGCGCCGCACGCUGACGGGAAUAGCGACCAAACCGGGUGAUUUAUCCUCACUGAACGCCGGUGUGAACUGAACUGGAGGAAGGAAGAUGUCAGCGGUUUAUAAAGAUGACCAGGAGGACUGGCUGACAGUGUGUCUCAAGUACCUGCUCUUUGUUUUCAACUUUCUCUUUUGGGUGGGUGGAGCUGCUGUUUUGGGUGUUGGAGUCUGGACACUGGUGGAGAAGAGUGACUACUUGAGUCUGCUGGCCUCCAGCACUUUUGCUGUCUCUGCAUAUAUCCUCAUCCUGGCUGGUGGCCUGGUGGUGGUUACGGGCUUCUUGGGCUGUUGUGCUGUCAUCCGGGAACAGAGAAGCUGUCUGUCCACGUAUUUCUUCUGCCUGCUGUUGAUCUUCUUGAUUGAACUGGUGGCUGGAGUUCUGGCUUAUGUAUACUACCAGAGUCUGAGUGAGGAGCUGAAGCAGCAUCUCAACCAGACUAUGACAGAGAACUACGCCCAGCCAGGGAAGGAGACCGUCACAUUAGCAGUGGACAGACUACAACAGGAUUUCAAGUGCUGUGGCAGCAACAACUCCCAUGAUUGGAUGGUGAGUGUAUACAUUUCGUCAAAGCAGGCAGAAGGCAGGUUUGUGCCUGAUAGCUGCUGUAAGACCAUCACCCCUCACUGUGGCAAGAGAGAUCACCCCUCCAAUAUCUACAAGGUGGAGGGUGGAUGCAUCACUAAGCUGGAGCGGUUUCUGGCGGACCACCUGUUGGUCAUUGGUGCUGUGGGAAUAGGAGUAGCCUGUCUGCAGAUCUGUGGGAUGGUGUUCACCUGCUGCUUGGACAGAAGAAUCAAGAUGGACUCUUACUGAGGACACCAGGCCCCCAACACACCACCUUCAACUGGAAAUGGAACAAUGACCUACUGAAACCUGACUUUAACCUCUGAAUUUCGAACUGACCUGGAGAUGUAAGCAAAAUACACGGACAUGUUUCAGGUCCAACCACAUUGCAGCCAGAAACACAUUGGGCCAAUGAGCAGCCAGGCUGAUUUGUGGUUCCUUUUUACGGUAUUGUACUUCAAUUACACUGUACUUCAAUCCAGGCUUAUACAUCUCUGAUACCUGACUGAGAUCUAGGCUUCCUGGAACAUCAUGUCUGGUUGCAUCAUUGCCUUGGCUGAGAUGCAUGCUUUAGUUUGAGCAGGACUGAAGAAAGGGCAGGGCGAUCCUUACUCGCAUUCUACUCAAUUAAUGAUAAUGCAAACUGAUUUACGAUGUUUUGACCGUGCAGAAUUAUAUAAUAGGGUUUUCUGGCUAUUCUAGUGCUUGAGUAAGCUGAGUGAGAACACUGUGCACACUGGUGUUAAUGGCGAAAGGUAACUUACAGUUGUACCCUCUGUAAACGAAAUGUGCCUCUUUCACAAUUCUGAUGGUAAAUGAUUAUGUAAAGUAUUCAUUCUGUACCUGAAAACUUUAAAGGGAGCUUGCAUGCACUGUGACAAACGGCAGCAAAUUAAAUAUAGUUUACUAUCUUUAUAUUUGUAUUUAUCUCUGUAUUGCUGACAAUAGCACUAAAUUUUGAACUGUAUGAUGGUUAUUAAGCUUAACAGGGCAAUACUGGUAAUACUUAAAUGUAUGGCUACGAAAAUAAAGCAUUUCCAGACAGUUCAGUAAGUAAAAGGAAAAGUGAAAGUCAUUUUGUUUGCCAGAUCGCUGAAUUUAUGACUCCACCUAGUGGUCAUCAUUGAUCAUAUACUUCACUUUGUGCGCUAUUAUAACUACAUGCUGCACUUAGUUCUAAUACCAUAUUAUGAAAUUCAGAAUUUAAUGAUCUAUUAAAAGUAACUAUUUAUCUCGAUGUGUGAUACUAAGAUAUAUAUACAUUUCACCUUCUGUGAACUUUAGGUUUAAUUCCAUACUUUCCUUAACACAUUGACGUUUCAUUCCCUGCAGUGAAGAUGUUUACCUUUCUAAGAGCCAAAGAAACCAAGGACUAUUCAAAAUAUUGAUCUGCAUAAAUAAAUAUAAAUAAAUGUUUCCAUUAAGAAACUGCAUCGUGUAAAA